AUGACGAUCCCUUGUCUCGAACUAGGAGCUACUUUAAUCGCUGCACAACUACUACACAGAGUCUGUACUGAGCUCGAGAUACCGCCACAUCUGUGCUGUGCUUGGUCUGAUUCACAGAUUGUUUUGCACUGGAUCCGCUCGAAGGAACCGACUGGCAACUCAAUCGUGGACAGUUACGUCCACCAAAUUCAAGAGCUUUGCCCGUCGAUGAUCUGGCGAUAUGUUCCAUCUGAGUUGAAUCCGGCUGACGUCGCUUCUCGCGGCGUGAAUGUAAGGCAACUUCUACACGAAAGCUGUUGGUUUAGUGGUUGA